GACGCUGAACUGCAUCUAGCAGCCUUAUCAAGAUAUGCUCUCAGUUUACAUUUACGUACGACUAGCGUAGUCUAAAUUUAUAGUAAUUUGCAAACUUUGAACCGUGAAGUGACAUAAAUAUCCUAGUAUCUAGUGAAUAAACUUAUUAAAUUAUCUCGGGUUGUCACGCGUAUCAGUAAAAUUGUGAGAAAGUUUCAAGUAGGUAUUCCGUGAUUAAAGCAACGAAUUCCUAUAGGUGCUGAGUCUGUGAUGGAGAUGUUACAAGAAGAACAUAGGCACCUCCUGGACAAAAUAGCUCAAAAUGAGGGUUUUCAAAAAUACGACAUCGAAUUUCAAGAUACUCAAAAAGAAGGUUUUCUUUCAAACAUUUUCCUUGUAACCAUCAAAGAUGACACGAGUUCAAAACGACUUGAUCUUAUAAUGAAAGUAAACCAAGAAAAGAACUUUCAAAAUUUAAAAAUCGAUACGUUGUACAAAAAAGAAAUCUACAUCUAUGAAACAGUUUUUAGAAAAUUCGAUGAGUUUAUUAAAGAAAGUGGGAGUGAUAUGUCCAUUGGCGUGCCGAAGUAUUUAGGAAGUUGGGGGCACAGUUGUAUUGUUUUGGAAAAUUUGAAAGUGAAGGAGUAUCGGCUUUGGAAUAAGCAGGUACCUAUGGACAGAAAUCACUUGAUAGAAGGCCUCAAGGAAUUCGCCAGAUUUCACUCAGUCUCACUAGCAAUGAAAACCAAGCAGCCAGAAGUAUUUCAAAGCCUUGUUUUAGAUGGUUUCAAACCAUUCGCCUCCACUCCAGAAAACUUGAAGCAACUGGUGAAAGCUUGUGUUAAAGCUGGAGCUGAGCUGGCAGGUGAUGACGAAGAAUCCAAAGAGGUUUUGGACGAGAUGGAAGCUAUUGGGGAAGAAUUUAUAUUGAAAACAAUGGCAGAUGAAAAGUAUCAUUUGGUAUUGGCCCAUGGAGAUUGUUGGUGCAAUAAUAUAUUAUAUAAGUAUAAAGAUGUAACUAUGACACCAGUAGAUGCAAUGCUAGUUGAUUUUCAGAUUGCAAAGCCGGGAUCUCCAAUAAGAGACGUCGCUUACUUCCUAUUCGUCAAUAGCUCUAAAGAAGACUUACAAAUAUACAAAGACUACCUCAAGAUAUACUAUGAAGAGCUGUCAAGCUAUCUACAACAACUUUCUUGUGAAAUCAAAUAUUGUUUCUCCCAAGAUACCUUCGAAGAUCACUGGAAAGCAAUAGCAAAGUAUGGAUUGUAUAUAUCGAUGUUGAUUCUGAAGCUGACUGGUCUAGGGAAAGAAAAUGCAGUUAGCAAAGACUUUUACGAACAGUUCCAGAUGUCUUUGGAUAGCUUGGAGUUCAAAGUUGUGAGACAGAGAAUUAUAGAUUUACUCAGAUUUGCAAAACAAGAAUGUAUAGUUUGAUAUCAGUUGGAAAAGAUGUAUCCCUUACGGAUAUUGUAUAAAUAGUUAAUAUAAUCUUUACUUUUCCUGUGUAACUGUAUCUAUUUAAUAUAUUUUCCUUUCUAUUCGGCAGAUGGAAGCAAAGAACAUAUAUAUACGAUUCAUAGUUAUUGUCGAUAAUAACUAGCUAAGUGAAAGACUUGUCUUUGGGGAUGUCGACAAAUUAUGCUAGGUGUACCCUUUUGACUUACAAAUACUCAAGCUUUCGACAGGCUAUGCUGCCAUCAUCAGGCAUUCGUCAAUGAGAUUGGUGCUAGUGUUUGAUGUUGUAAAACGUAGAUAAUUGAGAACCCAUGGCAAGGUGAUCAAAAUUGGGACAAACAUUAUUGGUUGAACAAUGUUUUUAAAAAACUUCUCAAAUUAUAUUAUAAUUAAGCAAAUACUGGCAGUAAACACGAAUAAUCGGCAGUAUGCGUUGGGUAAAGACUAAUUGUGAAGCUUCUAGAUUAGAAAUGAACUCUCAAAGGGACGCAAAUAAAUAAAUGCUGUUAGUCAAACCCAGAUUUGU